AAACUCAAGUUCCACUGAAAAAGUAGAAAAAUGGCUUAAUUUGGAGCAUAAGCUGUGAGGCGUGAGCUGCCCGAGGUGCGGGCAGGUCCGUGUUUAUGGCGUGGUCUCCCCGCCCGGCCGAAGCUGCGGCGGUAGCCAGUGCCAGGUGGGGCAGGGCUGCCCCUUUGCAAGUGAAGGAGCCAGGCGGGAGCUCCCCUGGCUGUGCUCCCAGCAGCACAGGGUGUGAGGGAGAUUUUAACAAGAGGAAAGCUUCAUUUGUAGUGCUAAGGUCAGGGAGGGAUCUGUGCAAAUGCUUCAUUUUACCUCACAGAGCAGGAGUGAUCUGAGGGGUAUUUCAGCACUGCUGUUGGUUGCUGCAGCUUCUGUGGUUGGGUUUUAUUAUACACGAAGACACGGCUGCAGGAGACUACUGACAGAGGGACGGAAGUUGUUCUAAGAGAAUACCUCGCUCAUCCCUGUCCCGCAUUCGCUGCACAGCACGAAACUUGCCUCUGACCGAAACUUUGGACUGUUGCUGGGAAGCAGGAGCACGGAGAGUUCGCUCACGCUUCUGUUGGAGGCAGGAGAAUUCUCCCUUUAAUCCUGAAUAUUACUUAUAAAUUGGAAACAGUAUUAUACAAUUUUGUUUUUGCUAGUGAGAGGAGAAGAAAUGGAUGUGUUCAGGGCACCUGAAAAUGAGUCGCUGUUGUCCAGUCCCUCUGGUCCAGGCAGAUGGGAUCCCUUCCGCCGUCCCUUGGACUCCAUCCCGCCCUGGCACUUCCGGCUCCUGGCAGCGCUCAUGUUGGUGGUGACCUCCCUGUCGCUUGCUGAGAACCUGGCUGUCAUCCUGGUAACGCUCAAGUUCAAGCAAUUGAGACAGCCUGUCAAUUAUGUUAUAGUCAACUUGUCUGUGGCUGAUUUCCUGGUUUCACUGACUGGUGGCACCAUCAGCUUUUUAACCAAUCUAAAAGGUUAUUUUUAUAUGGGAUAUUGGGCUUGUGUACUGGAAGGAUUUGCUGUCACAUUUUUUGGCAUCGUUGCUCUCUGGUCUCUUGCUCUGUUGGCCUUCGAGCGGUAUAUCGUGAUCUGCCGCCCACUGGGCAAUGUGCGCUUGAGGGGGAGGCACGCAGCCCUGGGCAUUGCCUUCGUGUGGGUCUUUUCAUUCCUUUGGACCAUUCCACCAACGGUGGGUUGGAGCAGUUACACAACCAGUAAGAUCGGAACUACUUGUGAGCCUAACUGGUACUCAGGAGCUUAUACUGACCAUACGUACAUUAUUGCAUUCUUCACCACCUGUUUCAUAGUGCCUUUAUCGGUGAUUUUGGUAUCCUAUGGAAAACUGAUGCAGAAGCUAAGGAAGGUGUCAGAUACACAGGGCAGGCUGGGAACUACAAGGAAACCUGAAAGACAAGUGGCUAGGAUGGUCGUUGUUAUGAUCGUUGCCUUUCUCAUCUGCUGGACGCCGUACGCCGCCUUUUCUGUCUUGGUCACUGCGUACCCCUCCAUUGAGCUGGAUCCUCGCCUGGCAGCCGUUCCGGCUUUCUUCUCCAAAACAGCUACCGUUUAUAAUCCAAUUAUUUAUGUCUUUAUGAACAAACAGUUCAGGAAGUGUCUGAUUCAGAUGUUCAGCUGUAGUGCCGUAGAAACUGCGGAGUCCAACAUGAACCCGACUUCAGAGAGAGCAAUGCUAACCCAGGACAAGAGAGGCAGUGAGAUGUCCACCAUGGCAGUGCGUAGCACCCUUUCUAAGAGGAAAACUGGAGAUCAACACAGAAAUUGCCCAUCUUUUGCUCAGUUGUCAGCUUCGGAAAAUAAAACCUGUCCCUUGUAGGGUGGGAGGUACAAUCACUUGAAGCGCCCGCUUGGUCCCAGCACCCGCGAGCUCCUCCAGCACAGCACGCAGACAGCGGCGAUGAGCAGGGGAUAACCAGGGGGUAGGAGUGAUGUUACAGUCCUGUGCUGCCAGCCACGUGCACAUACGUAUUUGAAAGUUAAGUGGCGUGUUGUAGCUUUAAAGAUGUUGUUUCACAGCAAAUAUUGGUAUGCUGUUUCUCUGGUAGAAUUACAUAUUCUCCUGUAGUUACGUAGUGUUUAAUUUGUUGGGUUUUGUUUUUCUGAAGCGGCAUAUGUAAAGGAGUUAAUUCCAGAUAACUGUAGAUACUGUACUUAGAAAGAUACUAUAAAUUACCAAGUGUUAAUGUA